AUGGCAGGUUCGACCUGCUUGCGGUUAGUGCCGGAUGUGUCGGUGUUGCAGAACUUUGUCGCAGUAAAUGGUGGGCAUGGCAGAAGCUGCCGGGGAGAGCAUGCCUCAGACAAGAAGGCAGCUUACUUCACGGCCAACAUGGCCCACUCCCUGGAUGAAUGCAAAGUUGCAUGCAUGGCGAAUCCCAGCUGCAAGGGCAUCAGCUUCGUCAGCUCUGGCAGCUGUGAAGUUUGGACACGGCCGGGAGGAAUUGAGGCUACAGCCGAGGAUGACGACUCCGUUUGCUUGAAGGUGCCCACAGAGCCAACACCUGAGCCGAGCACCACCACGGCCACCACCACGACCACCUUUCCAUCCACCUGGAAAGACUGGGAGCUGUUUUGGGGGAUGAAUUGUUGGAAGCAUCAUGGCGCGGAUGAGUUCGAAACAGACCCAUUGCUGGGAGAAUACUCUCUACGAGAGUGCCAAGAGGCCUGCCUCAAGGAGCCAGACUGCCAAGGAAUUGUCAUGCCGCAGGGUGACCAGGACGUGUCUCGAAAGACGUGUUGGCUGCGGAAGAACGUCCGAAAGGACCAAUGCCGUCAAGGUCAUCCUUUUAACUUUUGGUUGCGGCCGGGCGUGCAGCUUCAACGGGCAGGUCCCACCGGCGAAGCAGCUUGUUGCGCAGCCUUUGACUCGUGGCCGAGCGUGGACAAUGGGGUGAAAUGCUCUGGGUGCACGGCCUUGGUUCUGACAGAACCCUAUGGCGGCAGGUGCGACAAAUAUUGCGAAAGCUUUGGCCACGUGUGCUAUCAAGCGGCGGAAGAAGUAGAUGAGAAUUGCGCCGUGAAGUACACCUCCGGAUGUGACGUUGCGAUCGCGGACACAUCAGACAUGCUUUGCACAUGUCGUCUUCCGCAGGAGUUGGACGAGCCAAAGUGCGACUGGCCUGGCCCAGAACCUCUUCCUCCAAGCCCACCGACCGCAGAGGCGUGCUGCGCCAACUUCGCAAGCUGGCCUAACGUCGACAACGGCGUAACAUGCGACAACUGCAUGGCCCUUGUUGAGACGGCUCCUUAUGGCAAUCGGUGCGACAGAUAUUGCGAAAGCUUUGGUCACGUGUGCAUAGAGGCCGCAGAGGAAAUGGACGAGAAUUGCCAGGUCAAGUACAAGAAGCCUUGCGACCAGCCCAUUGAAAGCACCUCGGACAUGCUGUGCAAGUGCGUCAAGGAAAACGCACCACCUUUCUGUCCAGUGCCUCCGCCGCCGACUCCUGAACCGACACCCUCCCCGGAUGCGAGAAUUCAGGUGGUAGGAAACAAAUUGCUUGUGGACGGCAAGCCUCUGCAUUUGAAGGGUGUGGCUUGGAAUCCUGUUCCCAAAGGAGGCCGGCAUCCAGCCGACCUGGACUUCGCUCGCUUCGUAGAGCAGGAUUCGCAAAUCAUGCAGAGCAUGGGCAUCAACGCGAUCCGGACGUAUGAGCCCAUCACCGACAAGUGGGUCUUGGAUACUCUUUGGAGCAGAGGCAUUUGGGUGGUAAACAGUGUCUACAACUGGGGCGGCGCAUCCGCACAGUCAGCUGCAGACCCAGUGAAGGCUGUGAAGGAUCACCCUGCCAUCCUGAUGUGGUCCAUUGGAAACGAAUGGAACUACAACGGCCUCUACGUGGGCAUGAGCUUUUUUGACUGCAUUGCCAAGCUCCGAGAUGUGGCCCAGGUUGUGAGGGCGCUGGACACAAGCCAUCCCAUUUCCUCCAUCUAUGGCGACACUGGGAAGCUGGACCAGGCCGUCGAGGCGCUUCCGCUGAUUGACGUUUGGGGCAUCAAUGCCUAUCGCGGCAUAAGCUUUGGCAACAUGUUCGGAGAGUACGACCGGAUUACCGGAAAGCCCAUGUACCUGGGAGAAUACGGGGCCGACGCCUACAACGCCAAAAUCCCCGGCGAGGACCGCGAGUCUCAGGCCAAGGCAACGAAAGAGCUGACUGAGGAGAUUAUCAGCCACACUUCCGUCCUGAAUCGUGGCUCGUGUAUUGGCGGCUUCGUUUUUGAAUUCAAUGAUGAAUGGCACAAAGACAACGACGGCAGCCCUGACGACCACGACACAGGCGGUGUAGCACCCGGUGGUGGGCCGUACCCUGACAGGACCUUCAACGAGGAGUGGUGGGGCCUUGUGACUAUCGACCGCGAAGUCCGGCCAGCUGGCAGGGAGUAUGCCAAGACGGAACUGCCGCAAGCGCUUGCGCAGGUCCAGGCUGUGACCGGCUGA